AAGGUAAAAAGAAAAAUCCAACGUCUCUGUGUCUCACCUCUCUCGCCGGCUCCUUUUCUUUCCUCGUUGACUCGCCUUAUACCGGCCGACUUCGCGCCGUUCGCUCUGGAUUUUUCACUCGAUGUCAUUUUCGACGGCGUCGCUGUUGGAUCGUCCGCAUUCUCUCUGCUUCAGGUGUCGCUGUAGCUCUGUAUGCAGAAGCAUAUUUAUUCACACAGAAAAGUUCAAGACUGUAGAGACACUAUGUAUGGGAUCUUGAGAUUGAGGCACAAGUAAGGAAAUCCUGGGAUCCAAAAGCUUGGGAACACAAUAAUUACUCUCAGAGCUUAUUGGGAGACACCCACAUAUAAGGAGAAACAAAAAAUAAUUACACAAAAUUGUGGAAGCCUGAAGGGUCCUCAAACCAUAACUCAUAAUGGUUCUUCUCUCUGAACAUUCUGAAGGAUCUUCAUCUUCUUCAUCAACUCAUAAAGGUCAUAGAUAUGACGUAUUUUUAAGUUUUAGAGGUUUUGGCGCUCGUCAUAGUUUCAUUAGUCACCUUUAUAAAGCCCUCAUACUUGUCAAUAUCAGUACCUUCUUGGAUAAUAAAGAGAUUGAAAUCGGGGAAGAUCUGAAACCAGGAUUGGAGAGUGCCAUUAAAGCAUCUAGGGCUUCUAUUAUCGUGUUGUCCAAAAAUUAUGCCACUUCCACUUGGUGUCUUGAUGAACUGGUGUUGAUCCUUGAGCAACGGAGGACAUCCAAUCAUGUUGUUAUUCCCAUAUUUUAUCAUGUUGAACCCACCCAAGUCAGGAGGCAAAAAAGUAGCUUUGGAGAGGAUGGAGGAAGAGACAGAUGCAAAUAAAAGAAGUAAAUUGGCUGAAAAGAUGGACAGGUGGAAUAAAGCACUUACAGAAAUUGCUAAUUUAAAAGGGAAGCACAUAAAUGACAGGGAAGAGGCGGAUUUUAUCGAAGAAAUUGUUAAAGACAUCUACCGUAGAUUACUCAUAUCCUCAAGGUUUCCACUGCCACAACUUACUGGGAUGGGCAAUUCUGUUAACUUCAUCACUUCAUGGUUGAAAGAUGCAUCAUCACAUACAACAGAUAUACUCACUAUUUUGGGUAUGGGUGGGAUGGGGAAGACAACUUUAGCAAAAUAUAUCUAUGUGUUGAAUUCUCAUGAAUUUGACACAAGCAGCUUCAUUGAAGAUAUUAGUAGGAGAUGUGAUGGAAAGUAUAAUGGGCUGCUUGAUGUACAAAAACAACUUUAUGAUGAUAUUUCAAAACCAAGUUCAGUUCAAGUUCAAGUUCAUGAUGUUUCUAUUUACACAUCAAUGAUAGAGAAUGUAGUAUCCCAUAAAGAAAAGGUGUUACUAGUUCUUGAUGAUAUUAGUAGUCCCGACCAGUUGGAUGCAUUACUUGGAAGCAAAGGGUUUUGUACAGGAAGCAAAAUUAUAAUAACAACAAAGGACGCAUGGUUGACACGUUGUUCACUAUUCAAAAUGAACAUUAAUCCCAAGUAUGAACAUCACAAGCUUGAAUGCUUAUCUAAGAUUGAAUCACGAAGUUUUUUCUGUUUUCAUGCAUUCGUGGGCAAUAACCCUGAGCCAGAUUAUGAACAGGUGUUAGAAAAGCUUGUGGAUUAUUGUGGAGGACAUCCAAUGGCUCUUAAAGUUUUGGGCAGGUCUCUACAUAAGCAAAAGGUAGCUUAUUGGGAGGGGUAUCUGGACAGGCUGAAGAAAGAAAAUGAUUCCCCUAUAAAUAAUAUCUUAAGAAUGAGCUUUGACUCUUUGCCAUCAGAAAAUGAUAAAGACUUGUUUAAGCAUAUUGCUUGUAUUUUUGUUGGAAUGGAUAUAGAUGUUACUGUAACAAUAUUAGAGGCAUGUGAUAAAGAAACUAAAAGUGGGAUCACGAAUCUCAUCGACAAAUGCCUUCUUAGUAUCGGAUGGAAUAAAGAGUUGGUGAUGCAUCAGUUGGUUCAAGAGAUGGGAAGAUUUGUGGUACGUGAAGAAUCACUUUACAAGCCUUGGAAACGAAGUCGAAUAUGGGAUCAUGACUCAUUGAGUGUGUUGAAACAAAAAAAGGGUACGGAAAAUGUUUUAGGCCUCACCCUUGACAUGAGAAUGCUUGAGAAAAAGAAGUUAUGUGGAUCAGUUGAGUUGAAUACAGAUGCAUUGAGUAAGAUGGAUAGGCUAAUGCUGCUACAACUCAAUUAUGUGCAAAUCACCGGCUCUUACAACAAAUUUCCAGAAGAAUUAAGAUGGUUGUGUAUGCAUGGGUCCUCUUUGAAGUCUAUACCUUCAAACUUACCGAUGGAGAACUUGGUUGCUCUUGACAUGUCGUAUAGCAAUAUUGAAUCCUUUGGGAAUUUUUAUAGCAAUCCAAAAAGACUUCAUAAGAGGCUAAAGCUAACUGGAUCAUGCUUUGAAGGCAAGAGGUUGCCUCCAUCAUUGAAGAUUUUAAAUUUAAGUUUUUGUGAACAACUUCUUAGUCUGGGUGGUUUCGGCCAACUCCCUGCACUUGAGAAGUUAAUACUUAAAGGCUGUGUUGGUUUGCUUGAGAUUUGUGAAUCGAUUGAGCAAUGUUUCGAACUUGUCCUCGUUGAUCUUAGUUACUGCAACAAGCUUAAGAAACUUUCAAGAAUCACAGGCAUGUUAAACAAAGUUAAAACGCUAUUGCUAGAUGGUUGUAAUCUCGGUGAAUCUCGAAUUGAGAUUAAGGAUAUGAAUUCAGCCGAAUUGCUUAAGGCCAAUAACACCGGCUUGAACACAAAAGCUGCUUCCAGGGCCGUUCUCGAGGUCAUACCCAAUGAUUCCAAGUUCUCUGUGAUUUCUUUACCAAGCACUUUAGUCACGUUGUCACUAGCAGAUAAUAAUUUGUCCAAUGAAUCCUUUCCUGUAGACUUCAGAUGCCUAUCCAUGUUAAGGGAAUUAUUUUUAGAUAAAAAUCCUGUUGUUUCUCUGCCUCAUUGUGUGAAAAACCUUCCUAGGCUUCAAAUGCUUAGUAUGCAAGACUGUAAAAUGCUGACGUCAGUUGAACAUCCUCCACAAACACUAACAUACUUGAACCUUUAUUCGAAGUAUAAGCCUUUGCUACGGAAAGUUGUUUUUGACACAAAAAUGUCCCCACUCGAUAUCUUUAUAGAGUUGAAGACACUAUUACCUUCAUUGUUUGAAUUUGAAGGCUUGGUCAAAAUCCAACCAAUGGCAGGUGUUGAAGAAAUGGUAUUACAUAGUUUGGGCUGGACUAAGCUAGAUAUCCUUCACGAAAGGGGUAUACUAACUUCUUCAUGCGACAGAACAUAUGUGGAAUCUGAAAUCCAGAUGUAUUAUGAAUUUGGAAUAUUCAGCACAAUUUAUGGAGGCAAAGAGAUGCCGAAUUGGAUUACAGAUAGAAACCCAGGGCCAUCAACAUCAUUUACCAUCCCAUCAUCUCUGAACAAGCUCAGAGGAUUGAAUUUCUGCUAUGUACAGAUGUCAUUGGAUGUUGAGUUCAAAUAUUUGCCAAUGAUCAUAAUUAGUAACAUAACAAAGAGCCGCACCUGGAUAUACGACCAUUGUAUUGACGGAGUAAUCGAUGUCGGUGAACAGUGCUUCACAUUUUUAAGCCAUUGGAUGUUUGGGAUGAAUGAUAUGGAAGUUGGUGACCACAUUACUAUUACUGUGAGGGAGAACAUAUUUCAUGUUUGCAAGCAAGAUACACAGAUGUGUGGGGUUAGUUUUAUUUAUGAUGAUGGGGCAACGGAUGAAGAAGAAGAAGAUGUGUUGAGUUAUUACAAGUCAUGGAAUCACAUCAUUGGUGGAGAUCUCACUGGAUUUCAGUUAACAACAGGAGAAUAUAUUCUGAACAAAAGUCGAAUUCUGCUGCGUGAUGUUGAUAGUGUUCUACAGCCGUAUCAGUAUUUGUGUGGAGAAGAUGCCAGCUUUAAAGAUAAGCGAGUGCACUUCAGAGCUUUCUCUGAAACGGAAUCCGGCAUGCCGGAGGAUGGAAUCCAAGGUACUUUUAUUUCCCAAAACUAAUUUUUCUUGACAUAAAUAAAAAAAAUACAAAAACCAAUUGUCAUAGCUUGUUCUAAUAUGUUUUCAUGAAAAUAAAUAUAUUUCCAGCUGUCAGUCAAGACUAAGUGUUAGCUCAACCGACUUGCACUUGUGGCUCACUGGACCUUUGCUCAUCUCUACAACUUUGCAACUCAUAUCAGUCUUCUUUUUAGUUCGUUCUUAUGUUCAAAUGGCAAUGAAUGUGUUUUUUGUUUUGGCGUUUUGUUAUCUCAAACAGUUGGAUCUUCCAAAUAUGCAUAUUUUCUAUUUAUUAAAUACUGGGCUGGAUCUAUUAUAUUUGUACAUAGUUUCAAAAAAAACACACACAGCCUAUUGCACAACAUAAUCGAUCAUAUGAUUGACGUACAUUUGUGUGCUAAUAAAGUGGCUUUAUGCUCAAAGUUUACUAAUA